AUGGGUCCCGCUAGGGAAGGACGCAGCCUCUUCUCUCCGCCGCGCCUCUUCUACCUUUGCUGGCUGCUCUCGGCCGCCCUGUGCAAGACGGUGCGGUACCGCACGUACGAGGAGGACCCGCCGGGCACGGUCAUCGGCACUUUGGCUGAAGACGGCGCGCCUGCCGGCGCGGGGGUGGCCUACGUCAGCGAGGCGGCGGCGCGCGACAGCCUGGUGGCGCUGGUCAGCACCUCGGACAGGGACUCGGGCCCCAACGGGCAGGUGCGCUGCGCCCUCUACGGGCACGAGCACUUCGCGCUGCAGCGCGCCUACGCCGACAGCUACGUGCUCGUCACCGCCGCGCCGCUGGACCGCGAGCGCGUCGCCGAGUACAACCUGACGCUGGUGGCCGAGGACCUGGGCGCGCCGCCCUUCAAGACCGUGCGGCACGUGACGGUGCGCGUGAGCGACGAGAACGACAACGCGCCGCGCUUCGCCAAGCCCGCCUACGAGGUGGCGCUGCUGGAGAACAACCCGCCCGGCGCCUACGUCGCCACCGUGGUGGCCCGCGACCCCGACCUGGGCCGCAACGGGAAGGUCCUGUACCGGCUGCUGGAGAGCCAGGUGCUGGGCGCCCCCGUCUCCACCUACCUCUCCGUGGACCCGGCCACCGGCGCCGUCUACGCCCUCAGGACAUUCAACUACGAGAUCCUCAAGCAGCUGGACCUGAGGAUCCAGGCGAGCGACGGGGGCGCCCCACCGCUGUCCAGCAGCACCCUGGUCAAGGUGAGGGUGGUGGACCAGAAUGACAAUGCCCCGGUCAUCACCCACCCCGUGCUCACCAAUGGGUCGGCAGAGAUCGAGGUCUCCAGCAAGGCAUCCCCCGAUUCCCUGGUGGCUCAAAUCAAAGCCAGAGACGCGGACGAUGGGGUCAAUGCCGAGCUCACUUUCUCCUUCGUAGAGGAGCAGCAGCCAGAGCUCUUCGCCAUCAACAAGAAGACGGGUGAGAUCGUGCUCCGGGGGGACCUGUCUGAAGAACUGGGGCAGGUAUUCAAAGUCAUCCUCACAAUUACCGACAAUGGGAGGCCCCCUCUUGCCACCACAGCCACAGUCAAUUUCCUGGUGACUGCCACCGCACCCUCCAGCAGCCAGGAGAUGGCCAAGCCCAGCUCCUGGGAGGGGAAGGCUGUGGAGUGGGACAUUCCCCUUAUUGUCAUCAUCGUCCUAGCCGGGAGCUGCACCUUGCUGCUGGUGGCCAUCAUCACCAUUGCAACCACCUGCAACAAGCGCAAGAAGGAGUCCGAGAUCAAGAACAACAGCCCCCUCACAGAGCAGAUUGACAUCUCCCAUCUAGAGAAGGGAAGGCAGGAGGAUGGCAGCCCCAGAGGGAAUGUGUUUGAAGUGCAGUGCUUUCCCAGCAAAGCUUCUUUCACCAGCCCAACCCCCUCUCCACCUGCAGAAGAGGUCUCCUCUUCUGAGACCAGCACUGUGAAUACCUGUCUCUAUGAGGGUCAGAAACGACUAAGGGCGACUGAGCCCUAUGCUUCUGCUCCAAAUUAUAGCAAAGAGUCUGCCCCCCCUGUGGCCAUCUGGAAGGGUCAUUCUUUCAACACCAUAUCAGCCCGAGAAGCGGAAAAGUUCAGUGGCAAAGACAGUGGGAAAGGCGACAGCGACUUUAACGACAGUGAUUCUGACAUCAGCGGGGAUGCCCUGAAGAAGGACCUCAUCACUCACAUGCAGAAUGGAUUAUGGGCUUGUACUGCUGAAUGUAAAAUCCUGGGCCAUUCGGACCGCUGCUGGAGCCCAUCCUGUGGUCGAUCCAACCCUCACUCUUCUCCUCAUCCUUCAGCUCAGCUGUCCACCUUCUGCAAAAGCACCUCCUUGCCCAGGGACCCCCUUCAUAGGGACAACUACUACCAGGCCCAGCUGCCCAAGACAGUGGGACUGCAGAGUGUCUACGAGAAAGUGUUACACAGAGACUUUGACAGGACAGUCACAUUGUUAUCCCCUUCUCGCCCUGGGAGGCUUCCAGACCUUCAGGAGAUUGGGGUGCCCCUAUACCAAGCUCCUUCAACUAGAUACCUGGCCCCCCAGACUGACACCACUGAGAAGGUUUAAUGCAGCACGCUCCCCAUCCAAACACACACAUACACCUACACUACCAGGUCACUCUCAAGAGCCCUUAAGUUAUUGACCAGAUUCAGUGUUGUAGAUAUAAAUAUGCAAGAUGUGCCUUAAAAAUGAAGUUGUUGGGAAAGAUUUCCAAUCACGUCAGUACUGUUUGGUAUUUGCAAACAAAAAAUUGUUUGUAGUUAAUGUAAUUUUUAUGAAAUGUGCAGUAUUUAAUUUUUUUCCCUAUCCCUGUUCUUUUGCUUUUAGUUCACCUCUGGCCUGUUAUUUUUGUAGUGUUUUUAACCUGUAUAUUGUGUAAUGUAAUGUUUGUAUAUAAGGAAAAUUUGUUAUAUUUUUAUAUAAGAAAAGCUAAAAAUAAAAUUAUUGCCAAAGGACUUGUCUGAAAGACACAAAAAAAUAAUAUCCUGAAUACUUUAGAAUCAAGUAAGGGAAAUUCCUCCUUCAAAGUGUAAUAAAUAACCUAAGCAACCCAGUGUAUUGAGAAGUUUGCCUUGCCAAGUGUGACUUGUAUUUCUUAAGUCUGUGGUCAAUUUCAAGUUAAAUGUUAUUUAAUUCCAUUUGGUUUCUGUAAUCCAUGUCACCAAUAAACACACUAAUAAAG